AGGACCUAGAGUGCUUGUUAAAUGGAAGGGAUCAGUAAUUUCAAGACACCAAGCAAAUUAUCUGAAACAAAGAAAUCUGUAUUAUGUUCAACUCCAUGUAUAAAUAUCCCUGCUUCUCCAUUUAUGCAGAAGCUCGGCUUUGGUACUGGGGUAAAUGUUUACCUAAUGAAAAGAUCUCCAAGAGGUUUGUCUCAUUCUCCUUGGGCUAUAAAAAAGAUUAACCCUAUAUGUAACGAUCAUUAUCGGAGUGUGUAUCAAAAAAGACUAAUUGAUGAAGCUAAGAUCUUGAAAAACCUUCAUCAUCCAAACAUUGUAGGUUAUCGUGCUUUUACCGAAGCCAGUGACGGUACUUUGUGUCUUGCUAUGGAAUAUGGAGGGGAGAAAUCUCUAAACGACUUGAUAGAAGAGCGGGAUAAAGACAGCCGAGCUCCUUUUCCAGCAGCCGUAAUUUUAAAAGUUGCUUUGAAUAUGGCAAGAGGGCUAAAGUAUUUGCACCAAGAAAAGAAACUACUUCAUGGAGACAUCAAGUCUUCAAAUGUUGUGAUUAAAGGUGAUUUUGAAACAAUUAAAAUCUGUGAUGUAGGAGUCUCUCUACCAUUGGAUGAAAAUAUGACUGUGCCAGCUUGUUUGACUUGUAUCGGGCUUGUUUCAGUGACCGACCCUGAGGCCUGCUACAUCGGCACAGAGCCAUGGAAACCCAAGGAAGCUUUAGAGGAGGAUGGUGUUAUUACUGACAAGGCAGACAUAUUUGCUUUUGGUCUGACUCUGUGGGAGAUGAUGACUUUAUCUAUUCCACACAUUAAUCUUCCAGAUGAUGAGGACGACGAUGAUGAAGAUGAAACUUUUGAUGAAAGUGCCUUUGAUGACGAAGCAUACUACGCAGCUUUGGGAACGAGGCCGCCCGUUAAUAUGGAAGAACUGGAUGAAUCGUACCAGAAAGUCAUCGAACUCUUCUCGGUGUGCACGAGCGAAGACCCUAAGGACCGUCCUUCUGCCGCACACAUCGUUGACGCUUUGGAAACAGAUGGCCAGUGAUCGCCUCAGCAUGAAAGGUGGCCUGUGCCAUAGCUAGCUGUCUUUACUCUGAUACUUGUAGGUGGCUGUAGUUCUUAGACUCCCUGGAAGUGGCCUAUUGAGGCCCGUAGAAGCGUGUUAACCUUGGAAUAGCUGUUUCUAAUAUAAGGAUAUUUUGGACAGGCUUAUGGUAAGCACUUGGAGUUUACUUGGUUUUCCCUUUAGUUUAAGAAACUAGCUAUGAAGUACUUGGACACUGCCUGUGCAGACUUAACACUAGCAGUAAAAUGCUGUCACCUGCGUCUAACGGUAUUUGGGUUGAAUGGCCCUUGCCUUGAAUGAUCUUUCUCAGAUACUCUCUAUCUUAAUGGAGCGACUGAAAUUAGCACUUUGUACAGGACAAAAUAAGUCUACAUCUGUUGGUAUUUAAAACACCAAGGCUUUUGCUGGCCUUUCUUGGUGGAUGUGCUUACUGAAUGGUCACUGGAAGCUGAGCAUAUGACUCACAAGAGGAGCUCCUCGGGUAUUUCCAGGCCAGUUACGGCUUGUCUUGCUCUCUUGAAUCUCCUCAGAUCUUUGGGCUUGGCUUUAACUUACUAGAUGUAUUUUCUGUAGUGAGAUUCCGUUUCAUGUUUUAUUUGCUAGUUUGUAUCUUAAGCAUUUCACAGUUCUUGUGUAAAAAUAAAACUCAAAUAGAAUGAUAUAGAAUAAAGGACGAUUUCAGUUCCAGAA